CCCUUCACUGAGUCUGGGAGUUUAUUCUUUUCCUUAGAAGAAUCUCUCCCCUCCAGACUAGAGUCCCAAGUAGGCUGUUCCUUUCCAGCUCCUACUUCUCCUGGCUCAACCUCUGCCUCCCAGUAAAAUUCCAGUCUAUUCCUCCUACAGGACACCACAUUCUGUCCUUCACAAUAUGCUUAGAGCGGAAGCUGUUUCCCUCCCAGAACCAGCUCUUUCUCCCAUUCACUCUUUAUACCUCAACCUGUCUCCCUACCUAUCUCCCAACCUCUCCAACCUCCAUAAUUCCAACCCUCUCAACUCCCACAACUAACUGUCUCUUUUCAAAUCCUUUCCUUUUAAACUCUUCCCUCCUGGAACCACGGCUAAUCAGAGGCUGCCGUUUGUUAACCAUUUGUUGGCAGUGAAGAAAGGGGGGGGGGGAGAAAAGAAACACUUGUUGAUCCAACCUGUUCAGCAAAAGCAGGGAAGGGAGUAGAGGGUGUCUCAUGUGCAGUGUAUGCAUAACAUGCCCACCCCCUGCCUAUCUCCUGCGCUAUAUGGAGCGAUUUCCAUUCCCCCUUCUACUCAUUCAUCAUGAUGCCGCCGCGGUGGUGGGAAAUGAGAGCAGUCAGACGUGAAAAGCCUCUUACUGUAUUUCUGCCUCGUGGCUUGUCAAGAUCCACAAUUUGAAAUUGGAUUCAGAAAUUAGGAGAGGCUGCACUAAAUGAGUGUUAUUGUUGUCUUAAUGACAGAAAAAUGUGAAUCCCCACAAUGCAAUGCAUGUUCUAUGUGAAUCCUUCAUCAGAGGCUCCACUCAAGAGUGCUUUGAUUGGAGGUGGAGGGCUCUCACUGUCACACUUCAAAUGCAUCACUUGAACACAUCUUAUCUUUUCUUAAGAAAACAAUGAAGAGAGGGGAAUCGUAGCCCACGUCCCGUGGUUGUUAGAGAAGAAGCCUUGGUGUCUACUCUGUUUCCUGUUUGCAUCUACAAAGAUUUAAACUUGCGCUUCAGGUUCCCAUAUUGACUCAAAAUUGGGCCAAGUAAACGCAUCCCACAUAAUCUGCAAAGUUAUCUCAACUCUGAAACCUUUUUUGUUUCCUAUUUGGGUGAAAGUGCUGAAUUUAUGAACGGCAGGAAAUUGAAAGAAAUGGACUGUUUUCAAUGUAUCCCUUGCUGGGUACCUCUUGGUUUUGUAACGACAAUUAUGAUUAUUUCCUUGGCGAAGAAUGUAUCGUACUACUUGAAGGAAAAGAAAAGGAAAAAUAAAAUAUAUGAAGACUACCAGCAAUACGACCCAAGCUCUGGUGAGUUCUAUACUGAAGAAUGCCCUGUUUAUGACAACCUGAAUCAUCAUCACCAUCAAGACAUACUAAAUGAAAGCUGCUAUGAACAAAUGAAUGCCCACCCUCACACAUCUGCCAAUGAAGCACAGCAGACAGCCGAGCGUCAGAUGUGCUAUGCUUCCUUGGAUCACAGUGUCAGGAGGAAACAUAAAAACCCUCGAAAAAAGAAAUAUCCUACCUUGGAAGUGGAUGAAGACCAACUCACCAGAAGCAGCAACUUGCCCUCAGACUCCUGCAUUUACCUCAACAGUGAACAACUGAACGCUGAGAAUAAACUGUCUGAGGAUCCAACUCAUGAGGAUCCUCACAGACUAUUUGGGUUAAUUCACACUAUGAAUGAUGCCAAUUUUUAGUAGGAAUUUGGCGCAGCCAAGUUAAUGUAGCUGAUAAAAUACUUGGAAAACAACUGAACAAGUGGGUUGAUACCGGGUAGCUUAAAAAUUAGCUGAAUAGGAAGGAUGUUUGUUCAGUAAUAUCUCUACAUUUAUCUGACCUUGGCCUAGCAGGGUCCAUUGCCAAGUAGAUGGUCAACUGAGAAAUAAUAUACUCUGUGUGUGUGUGUAUAUACGGGGGGACGGGGUGGCGCUA